ACCGCUUUGAGCACGGUGUGAGAUGCAGAGUCGGUACAGGAAUCCUCUUUUCGUGAUGAGAAGCUGGCUCCGCGUCACUUUGUGAAGGACUUCUUGCUCUUCUUCAAAGAUCCCGCCGUUCAAAGGACACUGACAAAUGUCUGCUGAGAGGCAUUUCCGCGGCAUCGCGUCUCCACUUCACGAAGAUCCAGCAGACGGCAGCCAUGGCGCCGUUUAACGUCCUGGUUGUGGGUGGCAAUGGCUUUCUCGGUUCAGCAAUCUGCAAGGCACUGCUCUCGCAUUCGUCUGCACCUGCAGUGACAGCAGCUGCGACUGGCGCUGGAGCUUCCCUUUCUAUGCCACUCCCCAAGCAUGGCGAGAUCCGAGUCACCUCCGUUUCACCUUCUGGCCGCCCUUUUGUCAGUCCAGCAGGGCAUCGCCCGGCAUGGAGUUUGUCGACGAAUAUGCGAUGGGAAAAGGGUGACGUGGUUCGCUCCCCAUUGUCGUCGCCUGACUUAGGGUCGCCUCAGCACCACCUUGCCCAGCUCGUAGACGAGGCAGAUGCAAUCGUGCAUACCGUCGGAAUCUUGCUAGAGAGCGACUACAAGCCCGCCGCCAGUUCACCUUCUUCUUCACGGCAUGGUACCAACAGCGGAAGCUUUGGUGAAAUCGCAAGAGGUGUCUUGCGCGGAUGGGGGAUCAGUGACAACAGCAAUCCGCUGCGCGAAAGGCCACUAACUGGCAAAGGGAAAGAGCGGGAGAUGACGUAUGAGAACAUGAACACGCGGGCCGCACUCAACGUCGCCAACCUGUUCGCAUCAAAACUCCAACGAUUAUCAAAAUCAGAGUCUUCGUAUUCGUCUUCAGAACAAAAGACACAGCCGACAUUCGUCUACAUCUCUGCAUCAGACAUCUUUCAGCCCUUCAUUUCGCGGCGCUACAUUGAGAGCAAACGCGAAGCAGAACGCGGCAUAAGCGAACUGGCAGCGCAAUACCUGCAGAAGAGCGGAUCUUCAUACAUCACCGGUGGUGACGUACACCAGAGCCUUUUCAAGCCGAUCUUCAUGCGACCAGGUUUGAUGUACCAUCCACACACGCGACCGCUAUCCACGCUCCCUGCUGCGCUGCUCGACCUCUCUUCAUCAUUGCACGCAUCCAUUGCGCGCAACUUGCCCUUCCUUCCCACUCCCGCCUCGCUCCUGCUCAAUCCGCACUCUCCGCUGAACACAAGCAGCUCGGAGGAGGCGCGUCGAUCGCUCGCGAGACUGCUGACUUCUGCACCGCUGCACGUCGAUACCGUCGCAAAGGCCGUUGUGCAGAGCGUUCUGGAUACAGGUGUUGCCCCGGGCGCAAAGGACGUCGAGGAGAUCAAGAGGUUGGCAGGGUGGAAUCUGCCUGAGGAUGCUACUGCCGCGUCCACCGCAUUCGGCACUGCGCAAACACACGCGAAUGGCAAUGCGCACCUCUGACCUCAUGUAGUGUAAGGCUACUUGCGCCUGCCAAUGCUAUGC